AAAGGCGGAUCCUUCGGCUCGGAAACCAUAAAUACUCACUCUCGACUAUCCUUGAGCAGAAAUCAAAUGGAACAACGUUCAACAGAGAGGUUAAAAAUGAAUCUCAGACUUGUACAACGACCAGUCUCUAUUUAUCUCCUUGUUUUUUGGUACUGUCUUCAUCUGGCAAACUGUAAACCACUGGCUCCUCAGGCGUCAUGCAAUCCGCGUGACGGUUUAACUGGUAGCGCAAAUUCUCUCACGAUACGCAUUCAACACUUCAAGGGAGCGUCAGUCAACUUCCAACGAGAUAAACCGCUUCUUCUAACAGUCCUGCAUCAUAAAAUAUCAAACGAUGGACAAAUAUACCCAUUGGCAAAAAACCUCAAAGCAAAGUUCCACGGACGAGAAGUUUGUUUCUCGGCAUUAAAAGAAACCAUUUUGGACGCAAAAGGAGCCGAAGAGACCAAACUGUACUCUUGCGAGCAGGUGUGUCUGGAAGUUGGACAUGUUCGAAAACUGGUAACUAACUCAUCCUCAGGUGGCCGCUUGCAUCCUGGGACGGAGUGCUGUGUAUGGACACUAGAAAGAUAUCUUCAGCUGGCCGCAAUUGAAAAUGGUCCUCGGUGCUUGCAAUGUAAAGGGCGAGAAUGCCUUAAUGAUAAAAUGACAACCAGACAGUGUCCUCCUGGCGAUCAAUGCCUCGCCGUCACUCUCGAAAAAAAGAAUAAUACUGUAGGAACAAACUCGAGGUAAGUUUUGUCAAAUCGUAGUAAUAGGCGAUUUUUUGCUGAUCGAAUCUUAUCAAAUUUAAAAACUUAUUAGGACAAUUAACGACUAUGGCAACGAGCCUCCGACAAAGUCAGCUGUUCCUUCCUUAUAAGUACAUGAGGUCUUAUGACUAGGAUGCUUGAGGCAAAACGUAAAAGUGGGCACCAAACUAGGCGGUAAUCGGCUUUCGUUACUUUUAGGGGACCGUCGUUCUGUAAGGAGAAACAAAUGAGUGCGCGAGCAAAAUGACGAGUCAGUAAUGCAACGGAAAAAUAAUAUCGUAUGUUCACCAAAAAAGAACGAAAAAUGUCGAAAUACUGGUCAUUUCUGGAUGCAUCUUUUAGCCACGAAUUAUGAAUAUCGCAGUCGGAGCAUUUUUUAGUAGUUUUUUGGAUUUAGCCAAUUUACCGUAGAUUCAAGUGAGAAUGACACAAUGAAAUAACUACAAAGGAUUAAUUUUUUUUUCUCGUUCUAUAUUCUACAUUUGGAGUAUACAUUCAUCAUGUUGUCGCGUAAACUCGUCAAAAAGCGACGAUCUCGUAAAAGUAACCAAAGCCCGGUAAUCGAUCCCUAGGAAGGCACUCCCUUAUGUUGCCUACAAGGGUAUGUCCCACUGAACAGGGUAUGGCAUGGGUUUAGUGUAUUGAAGACGGUGUCUUUUGGUGAAGGUCGGCGAUGGGCGGUCUACAAAUGUGAUACCAACACUUUUUAUGAUACUAGUUUGAAAAAUUUUCAUUCUGUAUGCAAAUUGGAACUAAUCAGGGCAUAAAAUACGAUCUUUUUUAAAGUUCUAUAUUAUGCAAAAAGGGCAGGUUUUAAGGCCUCUGCAGCACACCUUAACCCAAAAUUUCCCUGAAAUGCCCCCCCACCCGCAAUGGCGCGGGAGAAACGGCAGAGCUGGUGACACAAGUCCGCUCUGUAAAAUAAGACGCCUAGCGCUUGAAAUGAGCGUCGCUUAUUUUGGAUGCGUUUCUUUUAAAGCAAGAUCCAAGAUUAGUCUCUUGAUCUCAGGUUCUUUUAUUUCAUUCAACCAACAUUGGCGUGAACAGGCAAGAACGUGACGGCAGCCUCAUAUUUUCAAAUCUACACCGCCCGCCAAGCCAGGGAAAGCACCGUAGCCUGCGCUUAGAAGUAAUGGGCAAGAAAAAACGGGCGCGCGAGAAGGAGACACGCUCCCUCACCCCUCGCGUGUCUCCCACGCGCGCGUCCGUUCUCUCUUUCACCCACUACUUCCAAGCGCCUGCUACGCAGGCUAAUUAAGCACCGUUGGAAUAAGGUUGAUGGUUCAUAAAUCCUAGACACCCGGAUUUAUGCUCUCUAAUGAAUCCAUUCCUAGUAUGCAUCUUUUGAAUUAAAAGCUCAGAAGAGGCACAAAAUCCGUUUUUGGACUUUCCCAUUGAAAGAAAACCCCCUAGUUAUUUCUUCAGCCUUCUUCAGGGGCCUACAAUAUAGGUUGCUCACAAAUAAUUCUUCUUGUUUUGUCUACAUUUUAGCGUUGUACCAAUAAUGCUUGGUUGUUCAAGUGACAACUCGUUGCGCGGCUACUCAUGCAACGACGGAUGUAGGGAAGUAAAAGUGGCAGGUUCUGGAACGAGGAAAGUUUGCGUCCACUGUUGCUAUGGCGACGAAUGCAAUAAGAAACAAGAGACCUUCAAAAACGCAACUGAAACUGGCGCAUUCGUAGACAAAGAUACAAUUGAACCAAGAAGUGGCUCGUUUGAUGUUGCGUCCGAUAGGAAGCUGAUAUUGCUUCCUCUUAUGUUGAGUGUAUGGUUCGUUAGAAGCAUGGAAUCUUAG